AUGUUCUCUGAAUAUGCAUCUCGCUUUCUAGCUCAGUCUCAAUCACGACUCACCACGCGACCCGAGGACAACCGCCAAAAUGAGCGUGAUCGGAGGCCGACCUUCAACUUCUCCAGAUAUAACAACGUUUCGCGCUCCUAUCUAAACCGAAAUGGGCAUCCGUACCAAUCUGGCUCCUCGCAACUGCCUCAUCUCCCCUUUGCAUCUCGACCCUCCGCUCAACCAGCUCCUCUUUUCUUCAGCGCCACGGAUGAGUUCCUCGAGGACGAUGAACACGAGCGCGAGCGCGAAAUAGCAGACUACUAUGCUCUACAGAGGUCUCGCCGAAAUUUCGGCAAUAUACGAUUAGAAGAAUCAUCCGAACUUGACGAUGCUGAGAAUGAGUCACAGACAUUUCAGAGCGGGCAUGUGAAGGACGGCUUAUAUACGCAGAAAGGCAUCAAAAGCUCAUGGAGGGACGAUAGACUACCCUCUCAACAAAGUGCGCGCAACUUGUCGCCCACUUUGGACCUUGAUGAGCGAGACGAAGAUAAUGAAAGUCAUGGAAGCUCCUCCGGCAAAGGGAAGAUGGUGGAUGUUGGGCUUGAUAAUCCAACAAGUUCCAAGUUGACAGUUUCGUACAACAGCGUCUCUGACGAUGACGAUGAUGCCCCAAUACAGAAAUUCCGCAGGCAACCUGAAGCCCAGAGUGACUAUAUGGAGGGCCGCGUUUCUCCAAUACCCCGGGAUAGUGAUAAGCGAGCCCUAUUAGAGCAACCAGAUUCCGCGGCCUCGUCUAUUCAUAAUGCAAUGGAUCAAGCCAAUCCAGAUCGUCCAGCUCACGAUGCUUUCUGGGGUCACCUUUUCAUCAUAUUACUCAUCGGUCUAUUUGCGACGGCAUUCCUGGUAUACUUACACACAGCACCACCUUCUGACGGUAGGUGGAAAUUGGUGGACACAAUCUACACUACAAUCCACAAAUCCUACUUUCUACUCGGGAUUUAUACUCUCGUCUCUGUUCUCGUCUCUCUUUUAUGGCUCGCCUUACUACGUGCUUAUGUUCGAGUUCUUGCCUACGGUAUGAUUAUUGCUGUUCCGGUGAUACUGUAUUCAUUUUCACUCUAUCCUUUUAUAUCAAGUUUCCGGGGCCCGUGGGAUGGCCAAAGCAUCCAGGAUCGAGUUAUGCGGUGGGGCUCCAUUAUUCCGUUCGUACUGUCUACCCUCUGGAUAUUCGCCAUUGUACGAAACCGGCAUUCGACAGGGAAAGCGAUAAGCAUAUUGGAAUUUGCAUGUCGCGUGCUGGCCGCAAAUCCUGCUCUUCUCGCACUGGGACUUGCUACUCUUAUCGUCACCGUUUCGUGGACUUGGCUAUGGAUGAUUAUGUUCACGCGGAUAUUUCUCGGCGGGCAAAUCAGCUCGGAUUCCUUUGUCAUCAGCGUUAGUAGCUGGUGGCUGGGCAUCUAUUUCAUUCUGGUCUACCUCUGGUCUCUUGGUAUCAUUGCGGGCAUUCAACGAGGCGUGACAGCAGCGACCGUGAGCCAGUGGUACUUCCAUCGACUCUCGCUUCCAGCACCUACAUCUGCUCAGAUUGUAAGGGCUGCAAUCAUACACGCCAUCACCACCCUUUUUGGCUCAAUAUCGCUAUUUUCCCUUAUAGUCUUGCUGCUCAGACUUCCCCUCAUGGUUCUGCACAGACGCAUUGCCUCGGUCAUUGCAUUAUUCGCCUAUUCUCUUAUCCCGUCCCCCAUUGCCGCUCUUGUCAACCCUCUUACCCUAACAUAUGCUGCAAUCCAUUCCCAACCGCUUGCCCAAUCAGCCCGCGGUUUCACACAGAUGGCAGUAUUCUCAUCAUUCAGCACAACCGGCCUAUAUGCAGCACCAUCCAUGCCUCGUGGAUCCAAUGCAAACUCGUCCUUGCUCUCCUACCGGCUAUCAAAGAUGAUACUGCACGCCUGCCGAUUUGCAAUGUCUCUUGCUCUCGGAUUCGGCGGCUGGGUGACAACUGCUCGCAACCUCGAUGUGUCCGGCAACAACACUUUCCGCGGUAGUCUAUACGCAUACAUAAUUGGUCUCAUUGCCGGAACUAUUGGAUGGGGUGUCCUCGGCUCCAUGGAGAACGUUUUAGCUUGUGUUGUCGAUUCUGCGCUUGUCUGCUGGGCCAGUGAAGUUGGUAAUUCGGGUCGAGAAGCUACUUACUGUCGUGAAGCUGAGUGGCUUUUUAGAGAUGAUAGCUUUGUUUCUACAGGAGCAGGCGCCCGAUGGAAUCAAGUUUGA